AUGAAAGAACGAAUUGCGGCAAAGCUGAAGACAAUUCGGGGUAAUUUUAAGAAAGCAAUCGACAGCGGGAAACGGAGCGGGGGCGGUAGAGUUGUGAUGACAUAUUAUGAUUUAUGCCAUGACAUAUGGGCAGGGGCCCCUUCAACAAAAAGUAUCGAAGGUACGUACAGUUAAUUAAAUUUACGACAUUUUUUCUGCUUUUUAUCACAGACUAUUCGAUAAUAUUCAUGAUUAAUUCUAUAAUAAAUAAGGUACAUUGUAUAAAUUAAUAAUAAUUUGGGCUUUAAUUAAUAAGAGUAUUAAAUAUGUGUAUACAAAGAGGGGUUUAUAAAUAGUUUAAUAUAAGUUGGCCAGGUGACAACCUGUUCACAGUGCUAUGGAAAGCAGGAGUUUUAUAAGUUGUAAUUUUAAUAUACAACCUUGCUUUAUAAUUCAAUAGUACUGUGAACAAGCAGUCACCCAGCCAAACUUUUAUGAAUAUGUGUAUUAUUGUAUAAGGUAUAGUUGCAGAUCAACCAAAUAUUUGGCAAUGCACCCAAUUCAGUAUUUACUCUGUCUAUUGAACACCAUACAAUUCUACAUGUCAAUGGUAGAGGACUGUCUUUAAAUGGGUUAAACAUUUAUGUUAAUAAAUUCAGGUGGAAUUGAUUCAAGUUCAGCCCAAGAAAAGAACGACAAAUCCAGUGAAAAAGACAAGUCAGAGUUACCUUUAUACAACAACAGUGAUGAUGAGAUGGAAGCGCUGUUUGGCAUAUCAGCGGAAGAGGACACACAUGGAACACCCAAAUCCCAAAAUCCAACUAACAGAAGGGAAAAGGUUGCUAAAUAUCUUACUAAUGAGAAAGAGAAAAGGAUGAGCUCAAAGAUCUCGGUUGACAAACAGCAUCUUCAUCUUGCCAGGGAAGAUCUAGCCCUAAAGAGGAAAAUGAUGGAGAAGUCUGACAAUGUGGACCAGCAAUUUAUAAGUAACACAAGUAAAAUGACAAAGACGAUGGAAAAUGUGGGAAAUGCAAUCACCUGUUGCUUCGACUUAAUGAAGAAAAUGUAUGAAACCCCACAGGCAAAUGUGCCACCAGCUGUACAUG